AUGCUGAACCCAGAUGACCUCAACGAUGAACAGCAGCCAUCGCGAAGCAGCCAUGAAAGCCACCGGCAAGGCAGCGUCCCUGAGCCUAACACCGCUUGGAUACACGAAAUGUUCAAGCAGCAACAGUGCAUCCUACACCAACAGCAGGAAGCAUUUUUGAAGCAGCAAGAAAGUUUUCUAACGCGUAUGAUGUCGUCCAUGAAUAUGCGUGAAUCGACCGGACCGGAAUUCCUGAUUGACUCGUUGGCGAAUCAUGUGACGGAAUUUCGUUAUGAUCCGGAGGAGAACGUUACGUUUGCUGCAUGGUACAGGCGUUUUGAGGGGCUUUUUGAAAAAGAUGCUGCAAAAUUGCCGGAUGAUGCCAAGGUGCGAUUGUUAUUGCGUAAACUUGGUGUGGCGGAACAUGAGCGAUACAACAACUAUAUACUGCCCAAAAAUCCAGGUGAUUUUGGUUUCGCGGAAACCAUAGUGAAGUUGCGGGCACUGUUUGGUUCAAAGGAGUCGGACGUCAGCAAAAGAUACAAGUGUUUUCAGUUGCAAAAAACACGCACAGAGGACUAUGUUACGUUUUCAUGCCGGAUAAAUAAGGCUACGCUAGAGGCGGAACUAGCCGGGCUCAGCGAGGAAACAAUGAAGUGUUUGAUCUUUGUGUGUGGUCUGAAAGACGAAGAAGAUGCCGAUGUGCGUAUGAAGCUGCUGAGCCGGCUUCUAGAAGGCAAAUUUGACAGAUGCCCUCUUUGGUCCCCCCAACUAAAGGAAGCUGUGUCUGGAUUUUUAAAACAAGUACAACUUCCUUCUGAAAUACACCGUUCGCUUAGAAGCGUUCGGUAUGUCGCUUUUUGGAAGGGUACCGAAUUUCGUACCUUCCUGCAUUAUACGAGUGUUGUGGCCCUGAGAGACUGUUUAGAUCCUCACGUAAACAGUCACUUCUUACUCUAUUUUUGCGGUAUAACAAUACUAUCUUCUUCGUUCUACCAGCACUUAUGGCAUCGUGCGAAAGAUUUCCUUUCCAGAUUAGUAAAGGAUUUCGGCUCGAUUUAUGGUCGUACUCACUUAACAAGCAAUGUCCAUAAUCUUCAACACGUAUAUGAAGAGCUUGCAAUGUUUGGACCGCUUGAUAAUUUUUCUGUAUAUUGCUUCGAGAAUCAUUUGCAGCAGAUCAAACGUUGGGUUCGAUCUGGCACGAAGUGUGCGGAGCAGGUGGCAGGCAGAGCACAUGAAAUUGCCACCAUAUACAUGUCUGCCAACAUCUCUGCUCGCACAUAUCCAUAUUUGAAAACAAACGGUAUCGGUUUACACGCAAUCGCCGAUUUUGUUCUUUUACCAAUAUUUAAAGAUCAAUGGUUUUUAACCAAAGAUAAUGGUAUAAUAAAAUUUUUGGAAGCCAAAAAAACCUCUUCACUUCAGUUCUCCGUUGUUGGAAUGCGGAUUUUGUCCCAGGCGGCGUUAUUCGAGGUGUCUGCAGAAGGCAAUGAAAUACUAGUAACCUCGUCUGCAGACAUCCUUAUUUUCCAAGCAAGGGAAACUGCGCCGUCUGAAAAGGUGGAAGUACCUUGGACUGCAAUCCGAUGCAAGUUGGUUGCAGUCCCAUUACCCUCUCGACCUCUAAAUCUUCCUUCAGUUCCUACUUCUAUUAAACCUUCAAUUUAUUCCUUCUUUCCUCUUCUACACACCUUUCAACCCGACUAG